AACAUAGAAAAGAUCUCAAGUCCAACAAUAUCACAAAAAUAACCACACACUUGACUCAUGAUUUUGCAGUGGUUUAAUACCAAGAAAUCCGGAUUUUCUGGAUCUUUUAAACCUCGAAAAUCAAUCUACCUGAGCUUCCUUUUUUCCUUAAUAUCGUCAAAAAUCUAUGCAUACAUGUAAGCAAGGUGAAGUGAAAACCGCGGAAGUCGUGACUCUUAUCAAACAGCUUCAUGAGGCAUGUACCACUGGCAACUUAGACUUUCUUCUAACUAUUUUAUACCACAACAAAGAUGAGGCUAUAAAUAUUAUCUGUGGUGCACCAUUGACAUCUAGCCCCAGCGAGCAUGAGGAAUCAUGGGAUACCUUGAGGGACUUCUUACAUAUUGCAUCUAAUCAUGGACAUUCAGAAAUUGUAAGAAAAUUGAUAGAAUUUGGUGCUGAUGUGAACAGAAUGUCAGUGCAAAAUCAAACACCUCUUAGUAACGCAUGUGAAAAUGGCAACAUAGAUGUUGCGAGGCUUCUGAUAUGUAAGGGAGCAGAAAUUGAUCCUUCCGAGGUAGCCUUCGAACAGUCUCCUAUUUAUUUUGCCUGCCUUGAAGGACAUAUAGACAUAAUUGAAUUAUUAAUAAGCAAAAAGCCGUCUAUACUCCAAAUAAGUGGUCAACUGUUACUGUAUACAGCAGCCUCUGAAGGACACUUAGAAGUUGUUAAAUUCUUGAUCAAAAAAAGAGUGAAUAUCAAUCCACCACGGGUUCAAGCAGAAAUUAAUGGUGUUCCAGUAAUGCUUGAUUCAUUGGGUUCUCCUCUCUAUGGUGCUUGCUCAGGUAGACAGACUGCAGUAGCACAGUAUCUGAUUGAAAAUGGUGCUAUAGUUACUGUCAAGAUCGUUGAAACAUUCUGGGAGUUUCUUGGCGAAGUACUUAUGAGGUACACAAAAGAUGCCAAGGCCAAAAGAAAAACAGCUGUGUCGUUUGAGUCCGACCCUGAUAUCAAAAUGUAUGCAGCAUGUUGGGCAAACAAAAGUAUAUGCUCAUUGCAUAAGGGAUGGUUUGUUAAUUUGUCAGCAAGACUGGUUUCUAUUGAUCUGGCUCAUAACAAUCUGGAAGAACUGCCAGAAGAGUUGUUUUCUAUUCUCCCUGUUCUAGAAGAGCUUGAUGUUUCACAUAACAAGCUGAUAUUUCUUCCUGAAAUCAAUAUUACUGACUCAUUUACAAGUUUAGAGAAAUUGUUUGUUCAGAAGAACCAGUUAACGUACAUACCAUCGUCACUCUUCCAAAUCAAAACGCUGAAGAAAGUGAACCUUUCAUACAACAAGAUCACCAGUCUAGAAGAUGAUGAGAACACAGACACGUAUGUCAGCUGGAGGUGUCCUGCUUUGAAAGUAUUAAAACUUAACAACAAUUGCCUUUCAUCUUUACCAAACGGAAUUCAAAGUGCUUCAGGAUUAGUUAAACUAUUUGUGAAUAACAACUAUCUUAAUGGCUUCCCUAUGCCUUGGAAAUGUCCUCUGGAAACACUGGACCUCUCCCAUAACAAACUGACAGUAUUCAACUACAAUGUUGAAAUGGUUUGGGCAAGUUCUUUGCGAUACCUGAAUCUGUCUUAUAACAACUUGGACUGUAUCUCCUGGAACAUAUGUCAUCUGAGCAGUCUGAUGGACCUUGAUGUCAGCCAUAAUAGUAUUAAAAGGCUACCAGCAGAACGAGACUGGACUUGUAUCUGUUUACACAAACUGAACUCGUCUUACAACAAGCUGAGUGCAAGGUUGUUAGGCGAAGGUGCUCAGUCUAACACUCUUCGUCAUCGGCUGUUCAAGGCUCCUAAUCAAGAUGACGGACAGGAGUUCAAAACAGAUGUUGAGAUUCCAGUGGCUCUCUUUGCACCAACACUUGAGACAUUAUUCCUUAACAACAACUGUCUUCAGGUUGUUCCACUGUCUGUCUGUCAAAUGACGAACCUCAUUGAACUUGACUUAAGCAACAAUGUUGACCUUAAGACUCUUCCUCCACAACUUGGGAAUCUGAGAGAUUGUUGGCAGCUCAGGUUAACUAACUUAAACUUGACGGGAUUGCCCAAGCAUGUUAGACCAGGUGGGAUUGGCGUUAGACCUAAAGAUACUCUGGCGUUUUUAAGAGCAACAUUACGCAAGUCAGUACCAUAUUACCGAAUGAAGCUUAUGGUAGUUGGAAUACAGGGCUAUGGUAAAACAACCCUUCUUGCAGCACUCAAAGGUCAAAACCUCCCUAAGAAUAUAUCCACUGUAGGGAUUGUGAUAGAUGAAUGGAAUGUACAGCUAGGCUCUGGUUCCUGGUUCCCUCUAUCCAGACUAAUGUCUCAGUCUGCCCCACCUAGUAUUACCUUUAGUACUUGGGACCUUGCUGGGCAGAGUGUGUAUUACGCUGCACAUCAAAUGUUUCUAUCAACCAGUACUCUAUACCUAGGUGUGUGGAACGUCACACUCGGUGAAGAAGGCAUUGAAAGUCUGAGACAAUGGCUGUUGAACAUUAAGGCUCGUGCGCCAUUUUCUGAUGUUCUCAUUGUCGGGACUCACGUCGACAUGCUGCCGAAAAAGAACCGUGAAACACGCGUCGAUAAGCUCAAACAAAUAGUUAUGAAUAAAUAUGCGGACAGUAAAGGAUUCCCUAAGAUCGUAGGGAAUAUUGUGGUGUCUGCAAUGACAGGAGAAAAUAUUCAAGAGCUGAGAGAGAUGAUAUACAGUAAAGCCAUGAAAACUAAAGAACAAGGAGAGAAUGUCAUUGGAAAACAGGUCCCAUUGAGUUACAUUCAGUUACAAGAAUCAGUGUUGAGAGAAGCAGAGAGGAGAAGAGCUACAGGAGAACCACCCAUAUUACUUGAAGAAGAAAUCCUUGAGUUAGCAAGCAAGAAUAAAGACAAUGAUAUCCUGGAUCACGAGGAGCUCACGCUAGCCACAAGGUUUCUUCAUGAAAACGGCAUCCUUCUGCACUACAAUGACCAGCUUCGAGGUCUAAACAGCUUGUACUUCAUCGACCCAUCCUGGGUGUGUGACCUUAUCGCUAACAUCGUCACUGUAAGAGAGCGCAAUCCUUUCAUCAAGGAAGGGAUAAUGUGGAAGAGCAAUGUGGCUUUGGUGCUCAAAGAUCCACGCUUUCCUCCCCAGUUCAUCUCUCAGUAUCUGCAAUUAAUGGAGAGGUUUGAAAUAGCUCUCGGCCUUGAUGAAAAUCGUCUUCUUAUUCCCUCCAUGCUYCCCCCGGACUCCCCUGGAAUGCAGCUUGACAAACUCUACAGGUUGGGGGGUAUAUCAAGACCGCGUUCGAAGACCGAGAAAUACUCUCGUCCGGCUAAAGAGUACGACAAUGGAUCUGCCGCAGAAUGCAAGGCUGCGUCGUUACCAAGGCUUAGGCCUGGCAACAAGGAGAAAGUCAAGUUUAAAGACCAACUGGAAGAGGAUGGAACUCCAAACGGUCCUGUUGAUGCAGUGAGGCGUAACUACCAGAUGGCUUACAUCCCUAGUGGAUUCUGGAGUCGUCUUAUCACCAGGCUGAUGGUCUCUUUGCAGAGGUGGCGUACAAGUGAAGGUAUUGAAGAAGAGCGGUUCUCCAUGAUAUAUUGGAGGAAGGGCAUUGGUGUAGUUUAUGAAGGAGGACACUUCAUCGUCCAGUCGUACAGGGAAAUGAUUCCACUACAUGCUGGCCGUAAUCGGUUUGAAGAACUCGAGGGCGUCUCUAUAGAAGUUUGGUCUGGGAUGAGAGAUUUUUCUGUCAUUGGAUUCAUUGUUGAUCAAGUAGACGCUCUGAUAUCUGAAUGGUACCCAGGUCUCGACGACACCGAUUCUUUUGGCUACCCACUCGUACGUCGUUUGAUACCCUGCCCACAAUGCUCCACCCUGUUCGCCCGCCGUGGAUGCUAUCUUCGCCGUUCGUGCUCCGUAGAGUUUCCCACAGAGCACUGCGGUGCACAGCCUGUACGUCCAUACAAUUUCACUCUACCAACCUGUGCCGCUGCGGCCCUUAACUUCGCUACCAUCAACUGUCCCUACCAUCCUGAAACAGUAGUCUCUUUAGACGAGCUUAUCCCUGAUCUGCUCAUGACUGACCUCCCCCGGCAUCUACUAGUCGAGAGAGGGGAGUUCUCUUAUAAGACUGAUGCUGUUAGUCGGUUAGGAGGGGGAGGCGCGGGAGAGGUUUUUCGAGGCUUUAUGGAUGAAAUGGAGGUAGCUGUCAAGACCUUUCACUCAACGCGUACCACAAGAUACCUUCUUGAUAGUGGUAUCGGUGGUGCGUCCACUGACGGCAGCUCUACAGGGCCAAUCUCGGGACCCUCGUUCAGAGCCAGACGGAGCGAGGGUUCAAGUAUGCGAAGAGCAGGAGUGUUUCGAGGGGAAUGUAGUCUGCAAGAAGAUAAUAUGGAAGAUGAGUUAGAAAAAACGAAAGUUGUUCGCGCUUUCUGGGACUUAAGACAAGAGGUUGCAGUGCUGUGUCAUCUCCAACAUCCAUGUGUCGUCAAACUACUGGGUGUCUGUCUUCAUCCACUGUGCUUCCUCCUUGAGCUAGCGCCACAUGGAAGCCUAGCGAAUGUGCUUGAAGAGAUGACUUUAGGAAGAGAGAAAGAGAAAAAAGCCAUUAAUCCUGUCAAAUAUGAGACUAAGGACAGUGUACUUGGAAGGUCACUGACUUACAAGAUCGCUUAUCAGGUUAUCAGCGCACUAUGGUAUCUCCACGAUUCAGACAUCAUCUAUCGAGAUCUGAAGGCCGACAAUAUUCUGGUGUGGUCCCUGGAUGAGGAUGACUUGAUUAACGUCAAAUUAUCUGAUUAUGGAAUCUCUUGUUUUGCCACGCCCCAGGGGGUUGCGGGCGAUGAGGGAACACCAGGAUAUCAAGCUCCCGAGAUACGCUCGGGAAUAGGAUACGAUGAAAAGGUCGAUAUUUUCUCGUUUGCCAUUUUCCUUUACGAGUUAAUUUCCGGUGUACGGCCAUUUCGAGACUUCAGAAGCGCCAUCGACAUCAAAAAAGCCAUCCGUCGUAAUGUUCGUCCGUCGCUGGAGGACCAAGAAGUCGACAGCCAACUGCCCAGACUGGAAACAGUCAUGGUGUCCUCGUGGAAUGAACUUCCAGAGAGCAGACCAAGUGCGGACCAGACACUGCGCGAGAUGGAGGAACCAGAGUUCCUAUGUCACUAUCGUAUCAUGCCUAAACCUGAGGAAGGUGUCUUGGAGAAAAUCACCUCUGUUUAUGGACUAGUACACUCUGGAACAGGGUCAUUCUCACCAGAUCCCAGCGACUCCCAAAGUCCCGGUACGUCAGUUAGUCUGAAUAGUUUUGUGUUGCUAUGGAGUCGUGAAAGGGAUCGCCGUCAGUACAGCAUGCUGAACUGUGAUACUGGGGUCUUUUAUUACAAGGACGAGUCCUGCCCUGGACAUAGAGUACUGUGUAUGGUGCGGGUCGGUAGCAGGACUUGGCUUGGCACGGAGGGCUGUACAAUUGAAGUGUUUGGUAAGCGUUCGUGGCGUCUUCCAAGCACCCUCUGCUCGUUUAUUGUCAAGGCACCGGUGCUCGCGUUGCUGACUCAAGAGACAAGGCUUUCACAGGGUAUCAAGAACGCGACCAAGGUGGACCGUGUAUACGCAGCGUUAGCAAACGGCACAUUGAUCGUUUUUACUCACGAGAGCGUUGCCACCUCCAGCCACACCCACGAUGACGUAAAGCGGUUCUAUGACGAAAGCGAUGACGCCAUAUCUCAAGAGAUUAAGCAAUGGAAAGAAAUUCAAGUGAUCAACUUGGGACAGAGCAGUAAUCCAGUCAAGAGUAUGGUGCUUACCAAGGAUAACGAAGAGUUGUGGGUUAGUUGCGGUAAUCAGAUUAUCGUGUUGAACACACACACUCUAUCUAUCGUCAAGGAGAUUCCUGUGUAUUCGUCACAGCGCGCGCAUGUUCGUAAAAUGGUCGCCUGUGAUGACCGUGUGUGGAGUAUUGAUCGACGCUCCACCAAGAUUCUUCAGUGGGACGUACGAACGCACCACUUGACCCACGUAUUUGACCUCGAGGUCGAUAACCCAGUCAUGAAAUCAGUUUGCAAGCCGUUCUGUGAGAGGGAAGGAGUAGACAUUGGCGAGGAAGAUGCGAAAAGACAAGGUGAUACAGUGCCGAGAACGUGGCGAAAUAGAGCGGAUACCAAUAGGCCACCACCUUAUCCUGGCAACGGAAACACUGCAGCAAAAACAAUAGUUGACCGUGCUUUAGGCGGUGAGACGCGGUUGUCGCGCUCUGGUGCUCUUAAGAGCCGGAGUUCCGCACCGUUACCAAUCAGCUCAGAUGGUGUCCCUAGUGAAGUAGUUGACAAACUGGCCAAGAUGGAACCUGAGGAGUCUUCCUCCUUGGGACUUAAAGCCGAAGGGGAUUCAAAACUAGAGUCUUCAAGGUCGAAGACAGGAAGUCAAGCUGAAGUGACAAUGGCGACAGACACACAGAAUAAAAAUGUGUGCCCUGCAGAUGAAGAUAGUUUGCUCAAAGACAACCUUCAGGAAAAUGACUCCAAAACGGAAAAUAAUUACCUUGGGACGUCAGUUGACAGUGGCUGUUACUCUGAGAUAUCAAUAAAGAGCGUUGAUUUGAAGGCUUUGAACGACGCUUUAGUCAUUCUGUCUGAUGCCAAAACGAUACCAGAAGAAAAGGAACAGGAUUCCAAAAACAACAACGACGAAGCGACAUUCGAGGUCGUGAAUCGAACAGAAAUCGUGAUAGAAGCUGCAAAAGAGAGACGAGAAAACAACCAAUCUCCUUCCAUAGAAGCAGCGUCCAUGUCAUCGCUCACUGCCAAGCCAAAGUCACUUUCCAGGGGCCCCUCCCUGAUGAGAUCAAGAAAGAGAAAAUCUCUCCGUCACAGCGAUGUCCCAGCUUCAUCGAAGGAAACGCGUAAUGAACCUGCGAGGCCUCGUCUGCAUGUCCUGACGGGGUCAGUGAAUAAAGUCAUGGCAGUUCUGCAUACGGGUGGUACUCUGUGGGUCGGGAGAGGCAAGGGUGACGUGAUUGUCAUCAAUGUUGAUGAAGAAUCAAACACGUAUUUCUAUGGAGAGGUCAUCGCUCAACUUAAGUGCGACAGCUUUCUUCGUUUUAAUUCUGGUCAAGUAGAUGAAAUCAUUCAGUCAGGAAACAAUAAGAUUGUCUGUCUUCGACGUCUAGAACCAACGCGCCUGCGCAGGCAAGAAGCAGCCAACAAAUCGGGUCAGUUCCCAAGCUGCCAAGACCCAUCAACUGAGCGCUACCAACUGAUAGUGUGGGAAGCCUGGGGACGAAGAGAGUUUGAGAGCUUUAAGUCGUAUCUUGAUAGGUUCAAUGAUCUUGUUGACCAGUGAUGAUAUAAGGAAUACCAUGAUCACAAUAGCAUAUAGAUAACAAGAAUGCUGGUUACGUUAGAAGUGAUGACCCUAUGAUGAGAAUGACUUAGUGAUGACAAUGACGAUUCAUGUUGAUGAUGAUAAUGACAAAUAUGAUAUGAUGGUGAUGGUGAUGGUGAUGGUGAUGGUGAUGGUGAUGGUGAUGAUGAUGGUGAUGAUGCAAAUGGCGUGGUGUCGACGAUAAGGAUGAUAAUAAUGGUCACCAUAGUACGUUUUUAGUUUAGUUUACAACUUCUAUUGGGUGUCAAUCAGGAAGGAAAAUUACAGAACCAACAUGCUACCCAAAGCGGAAAGUGCGAAUGGGACUCUAUGUCACAUGCUGGGCAUUUCCUUUUGACUAACGACAUUAAUGACAAUAAUGACCUCAAAAAGAUGAUAAUGAAUGAAGAUUUCCAAAUAACAGCAGCCUGAAAUAUAAAGAUGGUUCUCGCUAAGAAGAUAAUCGAAUCACUAUAACUUAGUGUAAGAAUAAUACUAUUAAUAGCACAGAUAUAUUUGUAAUCCAUAUCGUUCGAAUGUCGUCGUUCAAAACGUCAUUUUCCACGAUUAAUUUCAACUCGAGUCUAAACGACCUCACAAGUUUUAAAAUUUUACAAAUUAAGUAUAGAGUUUUAUAUGAAUUUAUAUUAAUGUUAGAAAUAAAAAAAGACCUUAUGAAACUAAGUAACCGUUUACACUUAUUUCAAUAAAGUUAGUCACCUGAAAAGCUAAAAAGCUGAUGUCGACAAGGAUCAUGGGUAGAUUCAUUUGAUACGUUCAACCGCUUGAUAACUGUUCAUCGACUUGUGAAUCUUUUACCGGUUACAGUCUCACCUCUUCUGAGCAUCAUCAAGCUGCAGUUUGUAUUAAAGCAGCUUUGUAUAUAAAUGCUUUUUUUGAUAUGAAAAGUUUCCCAUGAUGCUCAGUGAUCUCAGCUUUCUAGGUUUUUGUUGACUAACUUUAUUGAAAUAAGUGUAUGUAGAGGGGAACACUUACGCAUACGGUAUUUAUAAUUAUCAUAACUUUAAUUUUUAAAAAAUAUUUAGAAGUGUUAGCAGCGAGAAAUCAGAUUACUUUAAGUCGAAAGUUCCCCUCUCCACCCCUAUCAGAAAUCCUUGCGUCUACCCUGUUUUCCGUAGAUUAUUUAUAUUAUUAUUAAAUCUAGUUUGUAAAAAAAAAAAAAAGAAAGAAAAACACAAAAUUAAU